CCCUCCCCCCCCGUGACGGCUGUGUGCGUGAUUUUGGGGGUUCUUGUAUCCAGCGCCGACCCGCCUCACCUGAAAGUUCAAUAAGGGAAUUCCUUGAGCCAUACGUUGAUCCUGAGGUGCGGUCCCGAAGCUGCCCUGUACUGCAGUUUACACGUGUCACACUGCACGGGACGUGUCACUGGAUCAGCGUUCUGUUUGCCUGAAAGAACGGACGAGUCUGCAAAACCAGCCGGGUUCCUACAGAGACACCGCUCAAACUGGACGAUCUGCGACAAGCACAUUUACUCAGACGAGCCACGUUCUUCCCGCGAUGGAGACCGACACAAACACGUGGUCGUGCAGCCCCGAGAGGAAUCCCCACGUUUGAAUUCACUUUGGAUUAAAAGUCAUUUUCUUUCUAUCGACCAGAGGAGAACCGAGCCAAACAAACUUCAAAGUGUUUCCCGGGCAAAGGAUGCGUUGCAUGUUAUUCUAAGGAGGCAGAGUGCAGUGAGGGUGGGGCUCUCCCACUGCCAUGGACAAAGACCUUGAUAGAGAAAGUCCCGGAGUGAGAACUGGUCAAGUGGGGCGAUUCUGAACCCCGUGCAGUCCGGCGCCGUGUCAAAGGUCACUAUGGGGUGCAACAUGUGCGUGGUUCAAAAGCCUGAGGAACAAUACAGGGUCAUGUUCCAGAAGAGUCACAUAAGCGACACGUUUUGCUCUUUUGACGCCGACGGCCGAACGAAGGUGAACGGAAAGGACCUCUCCCGCCUUUCUGGCGACCCCACGCUGGACAUACGGGACCCUGUGCUGUCCAACAUACUGAGACGGGGGGCCCGCGGACGCGCAGCCCUGGCGGGGGCCCCCGGCGGCGGGGCACGGUCGGCGGGGGCCGUGGGUACGGCCGACUGCGUGGACAGCUGCACCCAGACGGACAUCAGCUUCCAGCAUAUGUUGACUCUGGGCAAGAGCAGCCAGCAUCCCUGUGGGGCUCCACCCCCACCCGACCCCCCGCCGUCCCCUCCGCUGCCGCCGUUGCCGGAGCCGUAUCUGCUCAACGAGCUCUUCGUGGAGCCCGUGUACCACGACCCCAGCGACUACUUUGACAUCGCUCAGCAUGAAGUGGACAGGCAGGACGAGCUGGAAUAUGAGGAGGUGGCGCUGUACAAGUCUCGGCAGCAGGACAAACUGGGGCUGACGGUGUGUUACAGGACCGACGACGAGGACGACCCGGGGAUCUACGUGGGCGAGGUGAACCCAAACAGCAUCGCUGCAAUAGACGGGCGCAUCCGCAAAGGAGACAGAAUACUGCAGAUAAACGGUGUGGACAUCCAGGAUAGGGAGGAGGCAGUGGCUAUUCUCACCAGAGAGGACAGCACCAAUGUCUCCCUGCUGCUUGCGCGGCCCGAGAUGGAGAACGACAACCAGCUGGAUCAAGAUGAGCUGGACCCGGAGACCCCGGACAACGCCGCCCAUCUGCCCGGCGGCCACGGGGCCAGGAACGGCGCCCCCGCCCUGGGGCUCGGGCCAGGGGGCGUCCUCGCCGGCCGCUCGCUGGGCAGGGACUCGCCCGGGGGGCUGCUGAAGGUGCUGAGCAACAGCCAGGAGCUGGACAGCGGGGUGGGCCGCACCGACGAGAGCACGCGCUACGAGGAGUCCUCGGAGCACGACCUCCUCGCGGACGACCACACCAGCGCCUCCAACACAAACGCCACCAACACGCCGGGCAGCAUGCGCAAGUUCCUGUCCGGCCGGGGGGACACCCCGCCCCUGCUGCACUCCCAGGACCUGCAGUUCAGCACCGACUCCCUCUUGGGGCUGGACUGCUGCGGGCUGGAACAGGUGGAGCGGUUGGAGAGGGCCUACGCCGCCGAUCCCGUGAGAAUGAUGAUGCCCGGGCUGACCGAGGAGGAGUGCGAGAGGUACAAGGAGCUCCUGGAGAUCAAGUGUUACUACGACAAGGUCAGCGGUGCACUGGCGCCGGCGGGGGGUCAGGGGACGGCGGCGGGGGACGGCGUCUCGCUGGACGUGAACCGCAACGAGGGCCUGACGCAGCACGAGAUGGCCCUCCUGGAGGAGGAGCUGCGCCACCUGGAGUUCAAGUGCCGCAACAUCCUGAGGGCGCAGAAGAUGCAGCAGCUGAGGGAGCGGUGCCUGAAGGCCUGGCCCCCGGAGGACAAGAGCGAGGAGUCCUGCCACCACGCCCUGUCGGACAUCAACGAGCUGCCGGAGAGGGAGCGCUCCGAUAAGGACACCACGAGUGCCUACAACACGGGAGGGGAAAGCUGCAGGAGCACCCCGCUGGUAACCGAACAGCACCCUCCCCCCCCCGCCGCGACGCAGAGCCUGGAGAGGGGAGAGCGCCUUCGCCCGGCGCCCUGUACCCGGCAGAGAGAGAGAGGGACCAACCUCAACCAGCCCUACUCGCCGCACUCCCACAGGAGACGAGGCGAGGCCAAGGCGUGCAGCCCCGGGCCCAAGGCCGGCCCCUUGCCCCGCGACAGGGGGACCAGGCGGGGCUCGGACGGGGAGGUGAGGCGUAACCCCAGGGCCAACGGGAUCGCCGAGCAGCCCGGGGGGCGCAGCGCGGACAACAGCCCGUACCUGUCCCGCCGGCAGCCGGGCGCCAGGCCCGCCCAGCACUACCUGAGCUGCGUGCAGCUGAGGCCGCCCCCGGCCUCCUCCUCCCCUCCCCCCGGGGAGGGCGGCGCGGAGACGUGGGGCGACGGCAGCCCGAUGAGCUUGGGCAGCACGUGCGGCGACGCCGGCCAGGCGCCCUUGUCCCCGGCCUCCUCCCUCCCCCGCAUGGAGUGGAAGGUGAAGAUCCGCAGCGACGGCUCCCGCUACGUGGCCAAGCGGCCCGUGCGCGACAGCCUGCUGAAGGCGCGCGCCAUGAAGAUCCGGGAGGAGCGCAGCGGCACCACGACGGACGACGACGCCGUGAGCGAGAUGAAGAUGGGCCGCUACUGGAGCAAGGAGGAGCGCAAGCGGCAGCUGCUGAAGGCCCGGGAGCAGCGGCGGCGCAGGGAGUUCAUGAUGCAGAGCCGCCUCGACUGCCUGAGGGAGCGCGAGAGGGAGCAGGGGGGCCAGCAGGGGUCGACCCAGCAGCAGGAGCCCACCUCCAUCCUGGAGCUGUGCCACCGCAGGAGCGUGAAGAAGCGCAGCCGCAGGAUCCUGGACAACUGGAUCACGAUACAGGAGCUGCUGGCCCACGGGUCCAGGUCGGCUGACGGGAAGAAGGUGUAUAACCCCCUGCUGUCCGUCACCACGGUCUGAGGGACUUUUGGAUUGGAGGGUUUGGAUUGGAGAAGAAGUGGCUGCCGGUAGCGGUGUACGUCACCGCAGAGGCCGCUACACACAUUUAGAAGAUGGUUCAAUCAAAGCUGCAUUUCGGGAAGGCGGCAAAAGUGACCGUUUGUACAAUGAUGCUUACUUACAUUCUGUGUGUUUUAUAUACGCUGUCGCCCCUCAUUUCGUCCGGUUUGAAUGGAUCUUAAUAAACAUUUUCACGGUGCGCUAAGAAUGGCACCCAUCUUACUUUUCAAAUCCAGACGUCACACGGUCAAUGCCCCCCCCCAAAAAAAGCCUAUGUGGGUGGGGGAGUAAACGGACUGAACACUCGCCCGCUUCGUAUUCUGAGGAAGUACAUUUGGAAAUGCGACACCACACCUUCCUGCAGAGAGCGACAGCACCACCUGCAGGACAUUAGAGCAGCUUCGCAGGCCUCUCUAAAAAGUGGGGCUUAGAACCAACCACGCAGCUGUGAAAACAUAAAGAAGUGCCAUGGAACUGUUUAAGUGUCCAUAAAAGACAUUUAGGUGUGUGCCAAUGAGAUGUAGUUCCAUGUUCUGUUCCAUUCUUGUUCUUAUAUAACUGCUCCUUUGCUGUGAUGCAGCAGACAUUGUCAGAGCUGAGCGGUGCCUUCCUGUCAGACUUGACUCUUUAGCACAAUUUGCAAAGCGAUACAAGGAAAAACGGUUGAAGCACAGAUUUUUUUUAAAGAGCACCCUUUGUUGUAUGAAGCACAAAAACUUGUUUUAUUUAAAAAGGGCACAGUUCAUUGAUUUAAGCAACCAUUGAAAUUAAUAAAACAUCUUUGACAUUUAAAAGGCGUUUCUCCCCCAAACAAAUGAGUUUGGACAGUAUGCAAAUGUAUUUGUUUUUUUCCAUUGCAAAGAAAGAUUGUUCUUCUCUACCACAGAAUCCAUAGUUUGGGUCUACACCUUCUUCGUGGACUGUGGAUUUUUCCUUCUCAAGGUGACUUUUCUAAACGAUGAACUCUGGGAACCAGCCUCUGGAUUAUUACAGUUAAAGCAAAUCUCAACGACAACAGCGUGAUGUUCAGAAAACCCAGUCACCGGAGCUCACUUAAUUAAUGCAUGUUUGAUAUGGAGGCAGAAAUGGGUUUUUUAAACUGAAAGCCUUUGACAUACUGUGUUUGUGUGCGUCUUUCUAACUUGCUCCUCUUGCAUAGUCAAUGAAAACAAUGUGUACUUGUUGAAUAUCGUGGUGUCGGCCUUUUUUCCAGUGAAAGCUUUUCUAAAUAAACGCUGUGAUCAUAA